CGCUAUAAUCGUUGCUUUUUCAAGCUUAUUGGAUAAAAUGUUUGAAAAGUGUUUUCAGUCUUCUUAUGGUUUAAAAUGAACUAGAAGUUCUAGUCGAAUAUAUUUGGCGCUUGGCUACUGUAUUGUUCAAGUGCAACCUUCCCUGAAGCUGAUGUCCUAUCCAAAAUAUGCAACUUCUUGAAUCGAUUGGAAAUUUACGACCUGUUCGACAAGCUAAAUCAGCAACACCAACAAAAAGUACAUCUCGUUGUCAUUCCAGAGGAUGCAGUAUUGAUACUUAUCAGACACUACCGCCGCCUUCUGUAAGGUUACGUUUAGACGAAGCUUUUGACAAUGCGAGACGUAACCGUCAAUCCAAUGUAUUUCCUAGUCAAAAUACAACUAUUUCUAACAAACCUUGGAGAAGGUGGAAAAAAGGGACAUCUGAGGACAAUGAUUCCGAUGCAUCAGAAUCAUCACAAAUGGCUCACAUACUUCAUCCUAACUUAAACAAAUCUUACGUCAAUCAACAACCUAAUAUUGCACUAAGAGGGGAGGCAAGCUUGGAAAAUCGACUACGUGGGUUAGGCAGUCUUUGUUUAAAAGAAAUUAGCCAAGAGGAAUCAAUUUUAGAGUGUCGAAAAGAUGUACACAUUCGUUGUCCAAGAGGAGAGGCACUGGAUAUUUUACAAAAAGGCCGAAAAGGUGUUGGUGUUAGUAUUCUAUUCGAUCCAAAGGGAGACCAAACAUCUGUCGAUGAACCACACAAUCCAAUACGUUCACUUCCAUCGAGCGAAGCCUAUGCGAAUUGGCAACGUGACAGGAUCAAAGAAUCUGGUUCCAUGGAACAAAUUUUAAAUCAAGGAUGGUCAUGCAAAAGUGGCCUUGCAUAUAAACCAGAAGAAAUUCAAGCUUCUCAAAAAUACCAACAUCCUUUCGACAACGAUUCUGAUAGAAUCGACCAUACGGGUUCACAAAUGGCAGAAAUUUUUGGCGUGAAGUCUCAGUCUAAUUCAUCAUGUCAAUCUAAUACUGGCAUAAAAAUUGCUCCACGAAGUAUACCUCCGUCAGCAGCACCAAAUGCUGCACGUGAAGGAGUUGGAAUGGCUGAGCGGUUCGGUUUAAUUCAAGUUCAACAAUCUUAUGCUGGAGGUGAUAGUGAUGAGAUCUUCGAUGUAAAGUCUAAAGCUACUGAGUCUUCAGAUAUGUGGCGAAAUGGCAUUGGGCCACGUGUUAAAUAUGAGGGUGUUGAAUAUGCAAACAGGAAUUGUGGAACAUUAAACAACAGUAAUUUACAUUCCAUGCUACCUGAUCCUCCACUAAAACAAACUCCACGAGUUCGACCGGAAGCAUUGGAAAUAUGUGAAUCUCAUCGUGGUCAAAUGUGUAAACUAUUAUUAACUAAUGAUAAAUUAAAACAAGUAGUAGCACGGAAACCCAAAUUUUAUCCGAACAGUAAUGAUAUAAUCAAAAAAUCACGUGGCGGUGCUGCCAGAGAAUGUUUAAAUCCAAGUAAAGUUAAGUGGUCGAAGAAUAUUCGAAUGACUAGAACGGCAUUGCUUCGAAGAAGACAAUGAAGACAAUUCUGUUCGCAUGCGCCGCAUAUUUUGCUUUCAGCGCAUGCAAUUCAGUUAGUUUCAUUCCUAAAUACUUUGAACAAUCAUCAGUGUUGUGAAGUUAUUUGUAACCUUUUUCCCCAUUCUUCCAUUUGUUCAGCUGUUUAAUGAAAAAGAUGAAGACUUAGCACAACUUUGAAAUAUUUUGAUAAUUUACGCCUUUUAUCAAUAAAUACAGGUGUUUGUCAUUAUAA